GGGCUUUUUGGAAUUAGCGUCACGACAUCCGUGUUUACGACAGUCGUAAAUAAUUCGACCUUUACGGUAGAUAGUCGUAAACAGCCGUACAGUACUAUCCUCACAACCUUUACAGCAUCUACGCUUUACGACACUCACAUUUACGACAAUUCGUAAACACGUGGUACAGUAGCGACCGCCCUUACGGCAGACGACCUUUACGACACCGGUCUUGCGACACCCAAAUGACUUUACGACACCGAUGCUUUCGGACGCUGGGGCGCCGUGAAGUUGCCACCUAUGGGACGAUUGAUCGAAACUAUCCGCUUUGUUCGUAUCGUGCAACAGACCUUUGACACCGAUCUUCAGUGAAGUCACUCUACGUGCUUGUUUUGUUUUACGAGAAACGCCACGACACCAACUCGCAGUAGUGUUUACGACACGUGGAGGUUUGCUUUACGGCACUCGGCGCGUACCUGCACGUGGUGGUGCUGGGGCGCGUGGGGAGCAAAGACACCAUGGGGGCCAAGCGGGGGAACGGAGACGCGGGGGAGGGGGCCAGGCCCCCCAAGGUGGCACGCGCCGACGAAAAACAAGAGGAGCAUGGGGAGCAGCAGAAACAGGAGCAGCAGGAGGAGGAAUUCACGGCCACGCGCUUCAAGCAGCUGCUGCAGCACCCGGACACCGCGCUGCGGGCGCUGGAGACGUUCGUCUCGCUGAGCAAGCAGCUGCCCGCGGAGGGGCUGCACGACGUGGUGGAGGGCUUCGUGAAGAUCUCGGGCGAGUGCGCUGAGAUCUUCAAGCUGCUCGACGGGGAGCGGCUCCGUGACCGCGAGCUCUCGAAGGUGUGGGAGGCGCUGGAGGCCGUUCUGCUGCGCACGGCGGGCGACCUUGCUCGAUACUGGAGCGUGGGGGCCGAGGUGGUGCGCAAGCUCCUGCAGGGCCACAUGAGGCUCAUGUACAGCUGCUUGUCGUCGGCUGAUGCCCGGUGCGUGCUCGCCGCCUUGAAACUGCUGUGUGCCGUGGUGAUGCAGGGUGCUGACGCUGCACGGGAUUUGUUCGGACACUUUGAUUUCAGCCACAAGUCUCUCCCAUACCUUGCGAGGCGACGCGACGCCAAGCGCAAAGAAGACAUCCGCAUGGCGUACGUGCGUUUCACCCUCUCGUUUCUCAUCAGCGGCGAUGCCAACACCGUCCGCCAAGUCCUGGAGCUUAAAGAUUUCCUGAUUGAUGUGUUCCGCGCCGGGCUAAAGGAGGACCGAGUGUCCACCGUGAACCUCCUUCUGUGCACGCUGAGACAGAAGGUCGUUGAAAACCCGGGCGUGAGCAAGACUCAGAAAGUGAGGUUCUUCACGGCAGCCAUCCUCAACCAGAUCGCCGGCGUGUUCAAGUGGGACGGCGUGGAUGACGUGAGCGACGAGACGACGGAUGGGAGCGAGGCGGGGAGGGCGCUAGUGUGCGACUUGGCCUACGACUUCUUGCUGCAUCUCUGCUGCUCGGUCAAGACCGGAAUCGCCUUUCGGGACCCCAGCCUGGGGACCUCCUCCAGGAGCGGCAACCUGACGCUGCUGCAGUUGCUGCUGGACCUCCGCUCCUCGGUGUGCGAGGAGCCCUGGGCGGGACGCCUCGCCGUGGAGCUGCUACGGGCCUGCCCCGACCUGCUAGGCCGCUACCUCCAGCAGACCGACAUCAGCUUCGUGCCGCGCGCGCGCUCUGCCUGGCUGCGCAACGUGCGCUUCCUGCGGCAGGUGUACGAGGCCCAGCCGCUUGUCUCACCGCUGUUCGACUUGCCGGAGCGCUUGGCCCUGCCUCGUGCUGUCGCCGUGGUCAUGGUGACGACCACCCCCCCGGUGGCCACCCGGGCGAUGCUCACGCAGGGCCUCAACGUCCCGCACAGCGUGGUGAGGCACACCACCCUCUCGCUCAUCUCGCUCAUGCUGACGCGGAUGCUCGGCAGCAUGGAGCGCUGCGGUGCUGGUGGCGUUGGUGACGCAUGUGAUGCCGGCGGUGGCACUGCCGGUGGGGGAGGUGGCCCCUACUCUCCGCGGGAGCUGCAGGAGCUGCGCACUGCGAUGUCCGAGGCCAUCGGCAAGGUGCUGCCGGAUGUGACGUCCCUCAUUUCUGCCUGGAAUCAAAUCUCUGGCCCGGCGAAGGCUUCAGAGGCUGUGCCUGCCCAGGAGCCGGCUUGUGAGAAGGACGAGGGGAAGGAGCUGGGAGAGGUGCAGGAGAUGCUGCUGAAGGCGGAGCUGCUGCACGUGCUGCGCUUGUAUCAGCAGGUGGCCCCGCACCUACUGGCGCAGAGUUCCUUUGACUUCAGCAAGCUGCUCGUCGGAGUCACAAGCGAGGGCACCCCACCUAUCCUGCAGUACCGGACCCUGCAGCUGAUGCUGGCUCUGCCUGUGUCUCGCUACGCGUGGUUUAAAUGCCGGGAGCUGGUGGAGGGGGCGGCGGACGGCACGCUCGACGGCUCUGACAAGUCGACCUUCUACCUCCUCCUGCGCAUGUUCGUGUGCAGCGACCACCCCCAACUGCAGAGCGCUACGCAGCAGCUGCUAGUCAAGAUUUUGCGAGACAGCGGAGUGUUUGAUUUCACGUGGAGAGAACUCGACAUAUGGCUUAAAGGACUUCUGGACUUCUCAAGAGAGCAGCAGGAACCAAUUCUUACUUUUCUUGAAAAGGUGGUGUGCAAGGUGUUGGCAAGCCCCUAUGUCUACCUGGACAAGGUGUCGGAGUUCGUUCAAGAGGCGGCGACGCUCCGAAACCUCGACUCCCACACGCCAAAUGCAGACGCAUGCAGCGACGUUGAUGCCGGCCUUCUGACAGAGCUGGGCGGCGAGGGCGUGGAACAGCCUCUCCCCCAGGACGCGAUCGCCGCCAGCUUCCCUUACAGCGCCCUCGUUCCCUGCAGCCUGCAGCUGUUACUGCCGCUGCUGCCUCUGCAGAAGCGAGGUGCAGGCGCGGUGUGCAGGUACCUGGCGAGGACGCUCAAGGAGGUGCUGCAUUCUCAGACGGAGCCCCUCACGCUGGUGCUCGCGCUGCAGGCGCUGCAGCGACCGCUGAGCGACGCUCGGAGCGAGGGGGACGGGCGCCUGCCGCGUGCCGCGCUGUCCACCGUGGCGGAAUUCCACCGCUACUACGCGCCCUUCGUGCCGGCGAGCGUCAGGGAAGAGCUGUUUGUCGGCGUGAAGACACGCGAGGCGGACGUACCGACGGAGGAGGAGGCCUAUGGCGAGCUGCUGGAGCGCCUCUGCUGGGGACGGCACGAGCACUUGCUGCUGCCCUCCUCCCACGAUGCCUUACUGCGUGCCGCCGCCCACAUCCCGGCGUCGCGUCUCACUUCAGCCACCAGACACACGCUGCUGUACCUGCAGCACGUCACUCAGCGCUUCUUAGAGUAUGACCAGGACACAGGGCCACAGGUUAUCGCUGCGUACGGGCAGUUGCUGCUGGGCAUUAUUUCUCGGGCCGAGGUCCUGGAACGGGGUGAAGUUGAAAGAGUGGAGGAGUGCAGCGGAGGGGAGACGCAGGGAGAGGACGAGGUCCCACUGCAGUCCUCAGCCUCCAAGGCUGACAGGACCUCUGAACAGAAGAGUGAACAGGACCUGCUGGUGGAGGACGUUUUCUCCACACUGAAUCUACAGAAAGAUUUGGACAAUUCUGAGAUUUUGCGCGACGUUGUGGCCACUGUUCUCAAGCACCCCACGCUGCACGAUCUCUUCGCCGUUGGCAGCGGCAGCCUCGCCCGUGGCACUGGCUCCGCGUGCCCUGCGGAGCAUCUCACCAACGCGGUGGUCUCCCUCAUGUGCACGCUGCUCGAUACCCCAGCCGUGGGCGAGCACGUCGAGCUGUGUGUUCCCUUCCUGCGGCGCCUUGUGGCCGGGGCCGCCGCCGUCGUCUCUUCGAGCGCAGCCUCCUCCUCUGUGGCGGCGGCCGCCGUGCUCGCGAACCUCCGCCGCUUGCGCCACCUCCUGCCCACGAGCGACGUCAACAAUCUCGUCGAGCUACUGCUGCGGUUGCCCGCGCACUCGCUGUUGAUCGGCGGGGAUGACAACAAUGACGCCGACGCCGUGGGAGAUCGCGCUGAACGAACGCCGGACGGAGGGCGCGAUGCCACCGAAGGCCGAGGAGCGACAGGGAAGAAGGGGAAACAGCGGCGGCGGCAGUCUCUGAAAAGCGGCGGCACGGAUUCCGCCGCAGUGGGACUCACUGUGUUCGGGGAGACCCUGGCGGCGCUGCUGGAGCGCCUCGGGACCGAGGACCUCUCCGUGCUGCACGCGGCACACGUGCGCCUCGUGCUGGCGCUGGCUGUGAGGUCACGGCGCAGCGAGCUGCUGGCACCCCUCGCAUCCUCCCUGCUGAGCCGUGGCGGUGGCAGCGUCGCCGUGGCGGUUGCCUCGGUCCCCGUCCACACCAUGGGCGGCCUUCUCACGCGGGGCUCCCUGCUGGCACAGCCAACCGAAGCGGUCCACCUGGCAGCGGGGCUGGUGGCACGCUCGCGCUCUCACCGAGCGGCUUUCGAGCUGUGGGCGCUGCGUGGCGGCGGUGUCGAGGCUCUGCGCCAGCACCCCGCGAGCCUCUGGGAGCUGCUGGAGGCAUACCUGACCCACGUGGAGCUCGCAGACCCCUGCCGCCCCGCGCACGUGGGUGAGGCGGCGCUGAGGGCGCUGCUGCCGCUGGCGUGGCCUGUGCUAUGGGGGGGCGACAGCGACGACGACGCGCCUGGCUCACCGGCGCUGCUGGCACGCCUGCUGCUGCUGCCGGAGCAUGAUCGUGGCGGCGCGGCCCGGCGUGCCAUCGUGGCGUCGUGCGCAGGAGGCUGGGAGCCGUUCCUCUCUGCGCUCCUGGCACGGCUCCAGGGCGGUAACCACGUGGACUGGUGGGAGGUGGUGGACGUCCUGCUGCCCGGCCCUUUCCGCGGUGUCGAAGAUCGCGUGGCCGAGGCCUGUGUCCGCUGUUUAAUCACCACCUUCAGCGCCAAACAAGAGCGCGACAAAUGUUUUGAAACGCACGUUCUCAACCGCCUUCAGAAACUCCUGGCCUCAGACGUGGAACUUCCAGCAAAGCUGUGGAACACAUUUAUGAAGACAGCCCUGAAGCAUCGCUAUGAUGAUCCUGUAACCCUGGCAACUGUUACCAAGGUGAUAGAAUCUUGCUCCACGGUGCUCGCUCCCGGCGUGCUGCACACCAUGGUGACGGGCCACUCGCUCUUCCUGCCCAUCCUGCUGAGUGGGGAGCAGCUGGCCAGAGGUGCACUGGUCAAGUUGCUAUUUACUUUGGUCCAGAAGUGUCCAAACAUCUGUGACAUCCAUCACUUCGCCCUGCUGCUUGGAGCCUACACUGCGACUCUCAGCGAGACAGACCAGUGUUUACUGCUGCUCAUGCGAAUCUACGAAAAUAACAACCUGAGUCUGCUGGAUUUCAGGCUGCUGAUGUGGGGCCCGGAGGCUGUGAGCCUGCACGCGACGCGGCGCACUCUCGGCCGCUCGCUGUGGCAGCUGCCGAGCCCAGACCGCAUUCUGGGCUUACUGGAUGCAGGGCGCAUGUACGAGACGGCCGUCAACUUCCCACUGCACCGCACUCUGCUGCCUGACACCCUACAAGAGGAAGAGGAGUUCUGCGCAGCAGGAGGCAGCCACUUGUACGACCCCGCGUUCCUGCUGCCUCUCUUCAGUGCCAUCCUGGUUCCCGAGUGCGCCGUCGACUGUCGGCGCUUCGUGGAGGUGCACGGGCUCGGCCUUGUGUUUGCAGGGCUGGCGAGCCUGCACCCCGCCCUGCGCGGCGCCUGCUACCACGUCCUCGCACUCUUCCACAGCCAGCUGGAGGGCUCCCACUUCCCUGAGAAGCCUCAGCUCCUCUAUCUGCUUGAGUUUGUGCGGAACGGCGUGACGCAGCCUAACAUGCGGCUGAGCUGCAUCGCGACUACAUUCCUGGCCGACACGGCAGCUCUGUUGCUUAAGCCAGAACACCACAUGUACUCGCGAAUCAACAUUUUCUUGCUCUCGCAUCAAUAUCUGGACUCGAAGAAGAUUCCAGCGUUUUACAAGUUCUUCUUCAGCCAAGAUGUGGAGGAGCGCGAAUGGUCAUUGGGCCUGCUCGCCAAAGGGCUGCGUGACCGGGCCAGCCUCAUGGUCUGUGCCCAGCAGCGAGUACUCAGCAUUCUUAUGGCUCAUCACACCAGCCCCCUGAGCUCCCUCGCCACCCAGGAGCACGUGGUGAGAGUGCUGUCCCGGGCGGCUGCUGUCCCGCGAGCGGCGUCCAGCCUCGUCCACGAGGGCGGCCUGCUGGCAUGGCUCGCUGUCCUUGUGUCGCGCCCCGCCGUGAGCAGCCGGGCGUUGGGUUCCCUGGUGGAGCUGCUGCACCGCCUGUGGCUCAGCGUCGGAGCAGCAGCAGAGGAGGAGCAGCAGGGUGGUGGCAGUGAGACUGGGGGACGAAGCGGCACCGGCAAAACCAAACACGCCAUCUCGCUGGAAAUCAUCGACGAGUUCUUGCACGUCCUGCUCACUCUUUUGCAACACAACAGCUCGCACCUCCACUGCCUCGCGUUCUCCCGUUGCGUGUGCACGCUGGAGUCGCUGCUGGUCGCCAGGUCUCGCUUCACCCACGACCCUUCACCCUUGACCUCGCAUGACAUCCAGCUGCUGCUAUUCGCGUGGGCGCGAGUUUCAAGCAGCGCAAAACUUCCACAUCACCUGCCCACCUUCGCCUUCGAGCAAGCGGCAGCCAGGGACAUUGGCCUCGAAAUGGGGAUGAGGAAGCGAGCACCAAAGUCUGCCUUGCGUGGAGCAGAGCAGCAGCUCCAGCGGGAGGAGGAGGAGGAGGGGGUAGAGGGGGCAGAGGGUGGAGGCCGAGACAGCGCCGCCUGCACAGUGCUGUUGUCGACAAGCCGCCUGGCCCUGGCGCGCUGCAUCACGUUCUGGAGCCCUGUGCCCGAACUUCCCGGGUCGCCUCCCCUCGGCUUGGAGCGCAAACCCCCGGGCGGCACCGCGGAGACUCUGAGCCUCACGCUGCACUGGCUGUUUUCCGACGAAACCUUUCUGUCCGCAAUGAUCUCCGAAAAGCCGGGGUCGGCGCUCUGCAUCUUGAAAUGGCUGACAGGAGGCGUCACGUCCCAAGUGACAUUGCUCGACGCCGUGUUGUCGGAGAGUUUGGUUUUGCGUAGAUUGUUGCAGCUCUACCACGGUCUGGCUGAGGGUCACUUUUGUCAAGAGAUGUGCGGAAGUCGCCUGCAAACCAUGCAAGCGUUCGCGGAGCUGUUCUUGAGCUUCUUGGAUCGGUCUGUUGAGACUGGCAGAGAGAAGCCUCCAUCCCCUGCGGGCAGCAUUCCGUCGCUGUGCACCCGCUCACUGCCCAAGCUUGCCAACGCUGUGGCGGACAAAGAGGCGGCGUGGUACCUGAUCUCCCUGUGUGUGCGCGAGUCCUGGCUUGGGAUGGGCGACAGCCCUCACCUCCGAUCGCACCUCGACAGCUUCCUGCAGCUCGAGAGGAACACGCCUCCCUUCACGAGCGAGGAGCCAAGCGUGAAGAAGCAUUCGCGCUCCCUGUCGCUGCUGCUGAGUGAGAUGCGCGAGGCACUGAAGCAAGAGUAGCCUUCGCUGCCCUACGAUGUUUUUAUUAUUUCUAAAGAUUUUUUUAAGGAGGGAGGGAAUCAUUACUGAUGACAGGCUCACAUUGAAAGGCACUGGGUUUUUUAAAUAGAUGAACAUAAAUACGCAAACUUGUAACACGCUGCACAGUUUUCGUUGGUUUCAGAGGCAUUGGAAAGCCACAGACAAUAUGGAAGGCAGCCAAAAUCAGCGCCAACAAUUGCCCAACGUCUGCUGUCCUAUAUUGAGCCAACUCCAUUCAUGAUUGUUUAUACACGUGAGAGGUGACUGGAGUACCUGGAGAAAACCCACACGUGCGAGUGGUGGUGGGGGGGUAUCACCCAAUCCCCAUACAUAUGGCAUACAGAUGGAGAUUAUCCUGCUGCAAUCACACCCUGGCAAGCCAGCAGAUGGCGAACUCGCAGCCCAGCAGGUUUGAGGUUUCACGAUUUAGAUCCACUGGCCCUCACCGCACCCACGGUGCUGGAUUACUGCCAUUGCUCCACUCACGUUCGGGCAAGUGGCACAUACAAUGACAUGCAGAUGUGACAUGCAAAUGGCAAUGCAAGUUCACGCCGACAACUGAGUGCCUUAAUUGGGUAUCCUAAGUGCUUUUUGCCAACACAGCAACGCUCGCUUGCAUGUCGAUGGGUAUUAAAAAAAAAUACCCCCUAUAAUGUGUCUUAAAUGUGCUGUUUUUACAUUUGAAUUCAUGUCGUUGGUUACCAGUCUUGUAAUUCGCCUUUUUUUAUUAUUAUUUGUGCUUGUAACGUUAUACUGUAUGCGACAUCAUUAUGCACAACACUGUCAGGUCUUAAUAAAGCAAGAAACAUGUCACCUA